CCUGCACAACGAGAGAUUGUUUUAAAAUCACUCAUAAAUCCCCCGUCACAUUCACUAAUCCAAACGACCCCCAAGAAAUUUGAAAGAAUAAACGGUAUAUUUUUAUUGAUCAACUAAAAUUAUAAGUCCAAUUUGUAUUAUUACCCACAUGUAUUUACAAACACAUAUUCAGACCUAUAUGAGAUAGGAUGAAACAUUUUGACAAGUUUGAAAGAAUAAAGGACAUGCUUUUUUUAUUUAUUGUUCAACUAAAAUCGCACGAUGUUACAUUUUCGUCCAAUUUCUAUUUUUAUCCAAAUUAUUUUCGCUAAAAAAUUAACAAUAAUUGACUCAGAGUCAAGAGUGAAAUCAAAAUCUUUGACAUCCAAAAAGAACACCCUAUUUUCCUUUAUUAGAAAAGACCUCGAAACAAACAAUUGAAUCCACGAGUGAUUUUGAAGGACCAUAAUUGCUAUCUUGACUCUUCAUAAUUUAAAACCUAAUCCAACUUCCAAGAUAAACAAUAAACAUCAAAGCAGAAGAAAAUAAGAUAUUGCAGCCAAAAAAUCUAAAACAAAAAAGGACGAAUCCGUAAAUUACCCGCUCCAUUUUUUCAAACCCCUAAACCCCCCGCCAUCCGACGGUCCAACUUCUUCCACAAGCAAAAUCAGAUCUAAUCCCAACCCUUCGAUCUCCCAUUCAUUAACCCCUCCCCUUCAAAUUGCCGUCCCACUCUCUUUUCUCUUCCCCACAAACACAACCCCAACUCCCUCUUCCCUCUCUCUCUCUCUGCGUCUCCGCUCUUCUCACUGAACCGCACAGUGGAACCGCCGCUCCUGUCUCCUGAUUCCCGCCGUCCACAGCUGAAAGUCAUUGCCGGGGGAAACAAUAGCCGGAAACUCAGAAGGUGAUUUUCCGACUACCGUAGCAGUAGAUCGACUCUGUUCUCCCCUUUCACUUGACGGCUUCGAUUCGCUUUCCUUCUAAGGUCAGUAUCGAUUCGUUUCUCUUCCGAUUCGUUAGUUCUGGCUCUUUAUUUGGCAUUUGAGUCUCCGCUGAACGGUUCUUGCUUUGGGUUUCUCUGCGAGACAUUGAAUUCCUGAUUUAGCACUAAAUAUCUUAUUUGGAUUUCCCGUGCUAUAUUUGAACUGGUUUUUUUUUUUGUAUUUUUUGUGUCCAGAGGUUUUUUCUGUGAUGGGAAAGUUUUCGACUUUUUUGGUCUUUUGUUUGUUUCCGAAAAAUUGCGGAGAGCAAGAAGAGGGGAAAAAAGAUCGCUUUCAAAUCGUGGUUGAAACGGAAUCUUUGGUUUAUUGUCAGUUGAAAAGAAGAAUCAGAAUCUAGAACCCAAGUUGAAUCUGCUAACCUGCGUGUGAUGCACUCUCUGCCACCUAAUCUAUUUUUGGUGAAUCAUUGAGUGAGUCGAAUUGGGGGGGAGUUUUGCUUGUCCGGAAUGGAGAGGUUUCGAAUUUUUAAAUUUAUAUGGUGUUGAAUUUUUCACUGUGGUGGCUUAUGGGCCAAGUUAUUUAGUUCUUAUUGGCGUAGGAAACUGGUGGGGAUAGGACACGGAUAGUCCAUUUACGUGUAUAAAGUGGAAUAGAGGCCAGAUAUAUAUAUAUUCAAUUGCUUCCUCUUUGUCUAUUGCCCUUUUGUCCAUUAUAUCUUCUUAUUCUUCUUCUACACCAUUCUUUCAAUCUGCAGGCGCUGUUUCAGCUUUGUUAGUGUAGUCGACGAUGGCAACAGGGACCAAGCUCGAGAAAACUGAACCCAAUCCUACAGGACCGAUGAUUGAAACUGUCAGUAAAUUGGCGGAACACGACAUGGCUUCAAGGAAAGGUGCAGUGAGAUCUGAUACAACUCCCAGCAUUCCCUCAAGAGAUGCUAAACCUGGCAUCAAAGCUGAUGUUGAUGUAGCUUCUAACAUCAAAGGGAAUAAUGAUAUGGAGUCAUAUGGGCAGCAUGCUCUGUAUAAUGUGCCCACUAGCACUUAUGGCUAUUAUUACCCAGGCUAUGGUGGGUCAUUCCCUCAGUUGGAUGAGCAUGGUUAUUUUCAAGCAGAUGGUUCUCAUUUGGCUCUGCAAUCUGACAAUGGCUCUAUGGUUUAUUACAUGCCUGGAUACAAUCCUUAUUCUUCUGGGGCUGUAGUUGGUGUAGAUGGUCAAACUGUUGGUGGUCAACAAUUUUAUCCUUCCUCCGAGUACCUUCAGCAGCCUGUAUCUUAUGGAUCAGAGGCUGUGCCUUUAUAUAAUUGGGAUUCCACUUAUCUCAGUGACACCCCUAAUGGACAUGCUGGAUUCCCAUCUGACAACUACAAUAGUCGAGGUGCUGCUACUACUGCUCUUCCCAAGUCCAGUGGGUUGAACUCUACGAAAACCAAUGGUACUAUCAGUGGAAAAUACCCUAAGCCUAAUAGUACACAACCUGCAAGACCUCUUAACAAGGUCCAGCCCUUGGGUUCUGAUUACUCGGCAGGUUUCUUGAAGGGAUAUAAUAACACUGUAGGAAGGUUACCUCCUUUCAGUAGUCAGCAGAAACAUUUGGCAUUUCCCCAGUAUGGCUCACUUAACUACAGGCAGAAUGCUAGGUCAUGGAAUGUAAAUGACGAUAAAAGCAGAUCAAGAUACAACAGAACACAAAGACAUGGAAGUUUCGAGUCUAAUGAAUUGUCUUGUGGCCCUAGGGGGGCUGCCAGCAGGGGUGUUGGACCUACGGAUCCCACGACGGUCAAGAGUGAAACCUUAAACUCCGCAGCAUCGUUGCUCAGAAGCGACCAGUAUAAUGCAGCCGAUUUCGAAACUGUAUAUGAGAGUGCCAAGUUUUACAUUAUCAAAUCCUAUAGUGAAGAUGACAUUCAUAAGAGUAUCAAGUAUAACGUCUGGUCGAGUACACCAAAUGGCAAUAAAAAGCUGGAUGCAGCUUUCCGUGAUUCGGAGGAGAAAUCGAGUGAGAGUGGCAAGAAGUGUCCAGUUUUCCUCUUCUUCUCGGUAAAUGGUAGUGGCCAGUUUGUUGGGUUAGCAGAGAUGACUGGGAUGGUGGACUUCAAGAAGGACAUGGACUUUUGGCAAGUUGAUAAGUGGAGUGGUUUCUUCCCUUUGAAGUGGUAUAUCAUUAAGGACAUUCCCAACAGUCAGCUGAGGCAUAUUGUCCUUGAAAACAAUGAUAACCGGCCCGUUACCUUUAGCAGAGACACUCAGGAGAUUGGACUGAAGCAAGGCCUGGAAAUGCUGACCAUCUUCAAGACGUACGUGCCAAAAGCGUCCUUGUUAGAUGACUUCAAUUUCUAUGAAGAUAGAGAGAAGGCUCUCCACGCUAAGAAGAACAAGCCUGCAACUCUGCGAAUGGAGGUGUAUGAGAAAGAUGAGGAGGACGAUUUCAUUAAUCACACGAGAGCAGCACAACAGAAGAAAUUUAAAGAUCCUUACUCACUCAUCAAGCAAACCAACAAUCUGUCUCUCAAUGGCUACCACUCCAAGAAAAGUUCUACUACCAACACAACAGAUGGUCCAGUUCCUGCUGCAGAUGCACCAUAAAACCUUCUGCACCCUCUCUCCUAUAAGCUCUUCACCCUGUUUCUUUCUCUUUAUUGAUUUUUUUAGAUUUAUUUCCCAUCUUCCUUUCUUAGCCCCCUUGUUUUGUCUAUUUCUUAGUGUAGAAUGAUGAUAUGGUCUCUAUUUUAUCAAUUUUUAUGUUCUUCAAUCCCAAUUCUCUUUCCAUCACUAGCAUGCAUUAUGUUCUGACUUCUUAGUUUUGUGGCUAUUCAAGGUUCCCUAUUUUGGUUUCAUGAUUGAGGGAAAAAAAACCUAAAGAUCAGAGAUCAUAUUAUUGUGCAUGGGAUGUGGUACUCUGUUUGUCAAUUAAAUGGUGGUGCUCUGUUAUUUUGGGAUAGGUGUAUGGUUUGGAAUGGUACAGCGAGGAGCUCGUUCUUCCACCAUUGAAAUACUUAUGCUUUUGGGUUGGUUGGUUUUGAGUUUUAGGUUGAUUCAAGUGUUUAUGUGUUUGAAAGUUGACGCGGCAAACUUAACGAUAUUUUAUAUGAAGUAGUAUUAGAAGUUUGAAUUUGUGUUAUCUAUUUUUAGGGUCAUACCAUUUGUUCAUAUAACCUCAUUACUCCAAAUAUUACCUUUAUGAUUCUCAUUGUCUAUGGUUGUUGUUGAAUUUACAUAAAUCAUACAACGACAAUUAUGUUUCUUAACCUAUGAAUUAGUGAAAGUCUAACGGGCAAAAUUCUGGAACUAGCAAAGAAUUGCCUUUCAAUGAUGUCAAAGGGAUAAAUUCUCAUUGUCUAUGGUUGUUGUUGAAUUUACAUCAAUCAUACAACGACAAUUAAGUUUCUUAACCUAUGAACCAGUGGAAGUCUAGCAAAGAAUUGCCUUUCAAUGAUGUCAAAGCUCUCCAUGUUCAGAGCAAGAAAGGGAAAUGUAUGCUUGCAUGUAGACGAUUUUAAGAAAACUCAGAAUUGAGAACAUGUCUAGUAGUUGUUUUCGCAUCUCCGUCGGACUAAUCAUGUUCAUCAACCGACUUUCCUAAUUCAUUCUCACUCUUUAGUGUACCUUUUAGUCAUAAUUAAAAUUUCGGGGCUCAUUUGGUAUUCUAACAAAAGUAUGUGGAUGUAAAUCGAAAUUAAUUUGAGGUAGAAAA